AUGAACCCUCAACAGACAGAACCCGAUCCAGAUACCAUCAAGAUGUUUGUGGGCCAGAUCCCUCGAAACUGGGAUGAAAAUGAUCUUAAGAACAUGUUUGAGGAAUUUGGGCCCAUCCACAGCAUGAACAUUUUAAGGGAUAAAGCUACCGGCCAGAGCAAAGGGUGCUGCUUCGUAACAUUCUUCACUCGUAAAGCGGCACUGGAUGCACAGAAUGCUUUGCACAACAUUAAAACGCUGCCAACGAUGCAUCAUCCCAUCCAGAUGAAGCCAGCUGAUAGUGAGAAGAAAGGCGGGGCUUAUGGAGAAGAUAGAAAGCUUUUCAUUGGCAUGCUGUCCAAGAAGUUCAGCGAAAACGAUGUGAGAAUGAUGUUUGCGCCUUUUGGAACCAUAGAGGAAUGUACAGUUCUGAGGGAUCAUACUGGCACUGCAAGCAAGGGCUGUGCAUUUGUAACGUUUGCUUCAAGACAGAAUGCACAAAAUGCAAUUAAGAGCAUGCAUCAUUCCCAGACAAUGGAAGGCUGUUCCUCACCUUUGGUAGUGAAGUUUGCUGAUACUCAGAAAGAAAAAGAACAGCGCAAAGCUCAACAGGUUACCCAGACUUCAUGGAAUCCAACCAGCUUUGGAGGGCUAGGGCCUCAGUACCUUGCAAACUGCAUUAUUUACCUUCAUGUUGUUGCUGCCUCAUUCACUGCUACGGUGGAAAUAUAUGCUUUUCUUUUUCUGUUUACAGCAGUUGUUGCAGCAGGUAACAUGGGUGGUGCUGGUGGCUUAGGUGCCCUGGGAGGCAACAUGAAUGGAUUUGGUUCCAACAAUUCUAACAGCUUGGAUGCCUUGACUCAAGCCUAUUCAGGAAUCCAGCAGUAUGCUGCAUCUUUCCCCAAUGCCUUCAAUCAGGCAGCUCAGAUGCAGCAAGCUGCCAACAGCACUGUUGGGUCUAAACAACAGGAAGGACCAGAUGGUGCCAAUCUGUUCAUCUACCACCUGCCUCAGGAGUUUGGGGAUGCAGACCUCAUGCAGAUGUUUAUGCCUUUUGGUAACAUUAUCUCAGCUAAAGUGUUCAUUGAUAAACAGACCAAUCUGAGCAAAUGCUUUGGCUUUGUGAGCUAUGACAAUCCCCUGGCUGCUCAGGGGGCCAUUCAGUCCAUGAAUGGCUUCCAGAUCGGCAUGAAGCGACUCAAGGUGCAGCUCAAGCGACCAAAGAAUGACAGCAAGCCUUAUUAG